AUGUCGCCUUUCUCACAGACCUCCAUCUCCACCGCUUCCGAGUCGAGCUACCCACCAUCACCUCGCUCAAUCCUCGAAGAAUACUUCAUGGAUGUUGAAGAUAUCCAAAACAUUGAUGCAAUUUCGAUCGCAUCUUCUGUCUCAUCCUCAGUCUCAACCACAUCGCAAAAGAUGUUCAACACUUUCAUGUCAGGUCUCUCAUAUCCCAAGAGAAAGCUGUCGCAGCUCUUUGUCCCAGAAGUUGACUUCGACUUUACCUUCCCCAGCCUUGAGGAUGUGUUCCCUUCUUGA